AUGUGGUUGGCUGAUAGCAACGCCAAACAUGCAGAUGAGUUGACCGGCGGGUUCGAUGCUCCUGAUGAUAUAACGUCGUGGAUCGUUGAGGUCCUCAUGGAGAACGUAGCGGAAUUACCGGUCACCGCUGUUGAAGCUGUUGUGAGAAAGGUCAGUCUUGGCGUUCUACUCAGUCAAAGUGCUCGCUAUAGACCGGCCUGA